AUGAAGUUUGCUAAAGUCUUGGAACAAACUUUAAUUGAAGAAGAAAUACCUGAAGAAUGGUAUGAAGCCGCUAUUCAAUAUAAAACUUUAAAGAAAUGUAUUAAUAAAGUGGUUAAUGAAUUGAAAUUCUUAGGUUUAGAAAAGAAUACCCUUAAAUUGUUAUUUGAAGAAACUAAUAAUCAUAAAUCUGAUGAUUCUACAAAAAUCAUUGAAUUAAAUGAAAAUGAAACUAUCCCAUCUAAUCCAAUCAUUGCAGAAUAUACUUUAUCAAAAACCGGUGAUGAUUCAACAAAAUCAAAAAUUAUAAAACCAAUGUUAAAAAUAACGUUGGAUUUCUCUCAUAAAGAUUAUACUGAUGCCCAUAUCUAUGAAAUUGGUCAACAAAUUAAACAUAAAAUUGAAAGUUUACUUAAUGAAGAUGAUUUAGAAAGUCAUUUACCAAAUCAUGAUAAUGAUCUUAAUUCAACUAUUCCUCCUCCAUCCCCAUCUAUGAAUCCAUUAUCAGAUGAAGAUGAAGAUGAUGGGUUAUUACCUUUAACUCCUAUAACUUCAAAUAGUGAAGAAAAAAUCAUUGAAUUAAAAGAAGAUGAAAAUGAUCAUCAUUUAAUUGUAUUAUCCCCUCCUGGUUCUCAUCAUGGUAGUAGAGAAGCAUCUCCUGAAAUCGAUGAUCCAAAAGGUAUAGACAGAACUUUAGACAGUGGUAGUAAUAGUAUAAGAAAAUCUUCAGUAUCACCUCAACCGGAAUCAUCUAAAAAAUCAGAAAUAUUCAUUACUUUAAAUUCAGAUUCAAAAUUCUUUAAAAUGUUAAAUGAUGAAUUAGAAUUAUUAGACAAAUUAAGAAUUAAAGAAGAAGAAAAAAUCAUUACUGAAGUUCAAAAAAUAAGUGAAUUAAUUGCUACUUUAUCAGAUCCAUCAAAAAGGAAUAAUACUAAUGAAUUAUAUAAUUGGAGAGAAUUAUUCCGAAUUUAUCUUGAUUCCGAAGUUUAUUUCAAAUAUAAUGAAGCAUCAAUAAAAUCAUCCGAAAGAUCAUCACUUCAAAUCAAAAAGAAUUUAGAUUCAUUUUUAGUUAAUGUGGAAAAAUCAGGUAUAUUAACUAAAUUCACGAAAAAGAAUUCCUUACAAGUUUUUAAUGAAUUUUUAACUAUGAAUUAUCAUCUUUUAAAAAUCUUACAAUUCCAAUCUUUAAAUUCAUUAGCUCUUAAAAAGAUUCUUAAAAAAUUCGAUAAACAAACUGCAUUGGGCGUAUCUUAUAAACUUCCCAAUUUAAUCACUAACGAUCAUAUAUUCAUGAAUGGGAAAUCCAUCGCCCAAACCAUCUGUUUCAUAAUCCAAAAUAAAAUCAUAACUUUGAUUCCCCAAUUAGAUGAUUAUACUUGUCCAAUCUGUAUGUCGAUUGCUUAUAAACCCAUCAAAUUAGAUUGUGGACAUUUAUUCUGUGUAAGAUGUUUGGUUAAAUUAAAACAACAAAAGAAAGUCAAUUGUCCAAUUUGUCGAUAUGAAAAUGCUAUUUUAUUAGCCGAUUCCAUGAAUUUAGAUUUAGGAUUAGAAAAAAUGAUGAGAGUUUAUUUCCCCGUUGAAGUUAAAGAGAAAUUAAAAGAACGUAAUAAAGAAAAGUUUCAACAAUAUAAACAAAAUGCUUUAACGGAAAAUCCAACUAAUAAACAUGGCGGUAGAGAUGAUAAAUGUGUAAUAAUGUGA